UUGCGCUCACACUGCCUGGUGAAUUUCUACUACUAACGUCAAACCGCUCAGGGUCCGCUGAAGAGUCGAGCCCGCUGAAAGCCCGGGGAUGGAAAAUGUACGAUAAGCUGUGUCUGAAAACUCCGUGCAGAUUGCUGUGACGUUCUGAGUGAAGAUGGCAUUAUUUCAGAACAACUUCUGGGGGGAGAAGAAUGCCGGCUUUGAUGUGCUCUACCACAACAUGAAACAUGGCCAGCUGGCAACCAAGGAACUCGCCGAGUUUGUCCGAGAGAGGGCUGCUAUCGAGGAGACUUACUCUAAAUCAAUGAGUAAACUAGCUAAAAUGGCCAGCAAUGGAAGUCCACAAGGGACUUUUGCUCCCAUGUGGGAUGUUUUCAGGGUGUCUUCAGACAAACUUGCCCUCUGCCACCUCGAGUUGAUGAAGAAGUUCAACGAUCUCAUCCGCGAUAUCAACAAGUACGCAGAUGAGCAGGUCAAAAUUCACCGCAAGACUAAGGAGGAGAUGGUGGGGACGGUGGAGGCGGUGCAGGUGCUUCAGGUUCAGAGCGGACAGCUUCAGAAGUCCAAGGAGGGUUACCACGCCAAAUGUUUAGAGCUGGAUCGACUCAGGAAGGAGGGAGGUCCUCAGAAAGAGCUGGAGAAGGCGGAGCUGAAGUCAAAGAAAGCAGCCGAGUCGUUCGCGCUGUGCAUCGAGAAGUACAACCGCGUGGGAGGAGAGUUUGAGCAGAAGAUGAGCGAGUCCGCCCAGAAGUUUCAGGAAAUCGAGGAGGCUCAUCUGCGGCAGAUGAAACAGCUCAUCAAAGGUUACUCCCACUCCAUAGAAGACACCCACGUCCAGGUGGGACAGGUUCACGAAGAAUUCAAGCAGAACGUGGAGAACAUCGGCAUCGAUAACCUCAUUCAGAAAUUUGCUGAACAGAAGGGCACGGGCAAAGAUCGUCCAGCUGCGGUUGGAUUUGAGGAAUACAUGACAGCUUUGGCGCCCGAAGGAGGGAAAAAGAGUCGGGCGAAGGCCUUCAGGAUACCCGGUCUGGGCAAGAGGGACAAAGAGCCAGACUCUGCCGAUUCGGCUGUGACCGAGGCUCUGAAUUCCCCCCUGGAAGUAGACGACGAAGGAUUCGUCAUCCGAGCUGACAGCACUCAGAAUGGCUGCUCCGAGGAGAAGGAGACCAACUUUUACUCCAGCGAUUCAGACUUUGAUGACGAAGAGCCCAAGAAGUUCCACAUUCAGAUCCGACCGGUGGCCAGCAGCAACCGCAGCAGCUCCGUUGCCACAGAGAAGGAGCUCAAAGCUACCGUGGGGGCGCUUACGCUGCCACCCAACAGAGGGCCGAAGCAGCAGGUCAAGCGACAUCUCUCCCGAAACUCGAGUACCGCAGGAGGCCGAUCAGAAGACGGGGACGCUGCCUCCCGCAGGGAUGGAGAGCAGGAGGGCCUUCGCAGGUCCACCUCCAGCCCCGAUCACAGUAGGUUGAGCUCGACAGCGUCGGGCUCGGACAGUCUGUUUGGACCGCCGCUGGAAUCGGCCUUCAAGUCCAAAAGCUUCGACAGCCGGGACCAACUGAGAGAGCGGAGCGCGUUUGGAGCCUCUGAAUAUGCUGCUUUCUCCUCCGACUCCUCGUCUCCGGAGAAUGUUGAGGACUCUGGCCUCGACUCACCCUCCCAUCAGCCCCUCGGACCCUCCCCCGAACCAGCAGGCUGGGCGGCCUGGCCUCCUGCAUCGCAGAGUAAAGAGCAAACACGGGGUCGACCGUCAGACCCUUUCCUUUCCGCUUUCCGUGACCACUCCCCCGGACGCAGUCCUCACCCGCAGGAUGACCCUACCUCCGUCUGGUCUGUCGCUCCGUCGCGCCCCUCGCGAGUUCCCCCUGAUAAGGACCCCUCGUCGGUGCGGUUCCCCGCCUUCUCUCAGUCCCUCGCCCCACCAGAGAUGGAGUCAUCAGUGUGGAACUGCAAACACAUCCCACCCGAGGAUCCCUUCCUCGCCACCUUUGAGAGGACCGUCACCCAGGAGACGUUAAACCUGUCGGACGCCUGGGCACGCCCUCCGCCUCGCACUGCUCAGGAGGGCAGAGGAAUGGAUCUGCGAGGGGACCCCUUCUCCGUUACCUUAAACGACACCAAGACACUUCCAAGCACUUCCUCUUCCUCUUCAUCCUCCUCGUGCAAUCGGAAAGAGAGGGAGAGGAAGCGGGAUCGCAGCCUCCCGCCUCCCAUUUCUUCCGAUGACCCAUUUGCAAUCACAAUGAUCGGCAGCCCGACGCAUCAGUCGUCGCUGGCGGCAGCUGUUGGGGGGAUCCCUCCACGCGGCGGCAGCGGCGGCUCUGCCGGCGCCACCAGACUUGGAUUCGAUGCCAAUUCGAACACUUUACCGUCAGCUCAGCCAAAGAAGGAGCUAACGCACUGGAACUCGCUCCACAACCCAUUUAGUGAAGGCAACGGCUCCAAAUCACAAGAAGCAAGCGGAAAAGGGGAAGGUGGCGGCGGAGAGAGGAGAAAACACCGAUCAUCGGAAGGUGAGCCGCGCAGGAACGCCCCUCCCCUCACGAGGCAUUCGGGGCCCCAGGAGGAUCUCUGCUUUUCAACAGACAAAGAUCAAGACUGUCUGGACCUCAGCACACAGAUGUCCUGCAGUGUCAGCUCUCGUAAGGGCUCCAAACAUAACUUCAGACAGGACACAGCCGAAGGCGUCACGGCCGCUCCUGCGAGAGCGACCCGAGCCAAGAGGUCUUCGGGUCGACUCGGUGGCUGUGAGAGAUCGCGGUCCCUGUGUUCCUCUCCACUGCCAGAGCCCAGCCCUUCCCUCACCUCCUCCUCCUCUUCCAGUCCCAGUGAGUGGGGGGGUCAGAACCGAGCUCAGAGCCCUGCCGGGGUGGGACAGGCCUCGCUGCUGCCCUUCCAGCACCAGGACCACCAACAGAGACAGUUGCAUCUGUCCAGAGGCCCCAGUCCCAUAUCGCUCAGCACACAGGAGGCGUGGCCAGUAGCAGCAGCCAUUACUGAAUACAUCAACGCCUACUUCAAAGGUGGACAGCACAAUCGCUGUCUGGUGAAGAUCACAGGUGACCUCACGAUGUCCUUCCCAGCAGGCAUCACUCGUAUUUUCACUGCCAAUCCCAACGUUCCCGUGCUCAGCUUCAGACUGGUCAACAUCUCAAAGAUCGAUCACUUUCUGCCCAAUCAAAAGCUUCUCUACAGCGACCCGUCUCAGAGCGACCCCGACGCCAGAGACUUCUGGUUCAAUAUGCAGGCUCUGCAGCUGCACCUGCAGCGAGAGGCCGAAGUCAACCCGCAGGCUUCGUACUACAACGUCGGGCUGUUCAAGUAUCAGGUGUCUUCUCAGGACCCGGGUCGGGCGCCUCUUUUGCUCUCAGCCGAGUGUCAGCGGAGCGGCACGGUGACCAGGGUCUCCCUGGAUUACCACUGCUGCCCCGCCACCGCGCCCUCCACCCAACUCACUGCCGUCCAGGUGCUGCUGCCGUUGGACCACACUGCCACAGACCUGCAGUGCCAGCCGCCCGCCUCCUGGAACGCCGAUGAACGCCGGCUGCUCUGGAAACUGCCCAACCUUUCCCCGACCAACCACAGCAAAGGCUCGGGGACUCUGUGUGCCAGCUGGCAGUGCCUGGAGGUCCCUCGCGGCCCUCCACCCAGCCUGGCGGUUCAGUUUGUGGGCUCUGGGGCCUCGCUGUCGGGCAUGGACGUGGAGUUGGUGGGCAGUCGCUACCGCAUGUCGCUGGUCAAGAAGAGAUUCGCCACAGGGAAGUACAUGGCGGGCUGCUCCUUGUGAAUCAAACUAAAGGACUGUCAGAUUUCUGAACGGGGAUCGCUGAAGGUUCAGAGAACUUUCAGCGCCUGAGUCGAGGAACUCGCUUCCUCCCGUCAGUGUCCUGCUGCUCUCGGACCAAUUCUUUUCUCUAAUUUAUCCCGUGUGCCGUCGUACGUUCAGCUGUCCUCCUCGUCCAGGAAGAAAACUUUUUUCCUAUUAAAUCUGUGUCUGUGUUGUUCUGUACGCCUUUGUGUCAAAAGACUGCAGACUGCUGUUGAUGACUUUUCUUGAAUUAGAAAAAAGUGUGAAUAAAAUAAAACUUUACUGUCCAUGAAAUCUCUACAGCAUCGAGUCAGUUAUGAGCAAACAUCUUGUACAAAACCUUUCAAAAAAACUUGUUUGUGAUGAGAUUUGAUAAAAAUAAAAGAAGUGCUGGAA